CGAUAGUUAUAUCGUUAAGGGCAUUGUGUUUGUUGGUAAACAGAUUAGCGUCAACCAAAAGGUAGACGGGCGUUUGCGUUAUCUUACUUACUAGUGAUGUUAGAAUGUCUUUCUAUAGAGAAGCACAUUGUUUCGAAUUAUUUCAGUAAUUUUAACUGGCCUACUGACCCUAAAGUUAUCGAAUCAUGACUGAGAAGAUAAAAAUUUUAGUUUGUGGCAGUGUGGAUGGAGAUUUCACAACUCUCUUUAAACGAGUGGAAAAUGUAAAUAAAAAAAACGGACCCUUUGAAUUCCUUCUGUGUGUUGGAGAUUUUUUUGGGCAAUCAGCUGACUCAUGGCAGCCAUACAAAGCAGGAAUGUUGAAAGUUCCUUUGCCUACUUACAUCUUGGGACCCACCAGUGAAGAUCAGCUAAGUAAUUAUGAUAACUUAGAUGGAUGUGAGCUGUGCCCAAAUGUAAGCUACAUUGGUAGACGUGGUCUCUUUAGUGCAAUGUCAGGCCUGAAGCUAGCUUAUGUGGGUGGUACUGAAGCAGAAACAGAUGAGAAACCAAGAGGUUAUAAUUUUACAAAAGCUGAUGUAACUUCAGUUCGAGAUGUGUGCCUUCGAGGAAAGCCAAGUUUCAGAGGAAUUGACAUUUUAGCAACAUCGUCAUGGCCGAAAGAUGUGACUCGGUUCGGUCAAGACAAGACUGUGAAGAUUUCCAAAGAAUCACAUUUACUUUCAUGGUUAGCAGUACAGUUGAAGCCCCGUUAUCAUUUCUGUCCUGCUGAUGAACAAUAUUAUGAAAGAAGACCAUACAGAAAUCAUAGUUCUUCUGGUGAUAUUACACACACUACAAGAUUUAUUGCCUUAGCCAGAGUUGGAAACAGACAAAAAGAGAAAUGGUUAUAUGCACUGAGUAUUGAUCCCAUUGAAAAAAUGAGAGCAAUGGAGUUGUAUCAACAGACAACUGACCAGACUGAGUGCCCUUACAGUGGAAGUAUGCUGUUACCAAACAUCAUGCAGAAUAAAGAAGAGAAGUCAAACCAGUACUUUUUCGACAUGGAUGCGCCAGAAGAUCAUGGCAGCCGCAAGAGAAAGUCAAGAGGUAGUGAUGGGGGACCAGAACGAAAACAACCUCCUGUCUUUGAUCAAGGUACUUGCUGGUUUUGCUUAGCCAGUCCAGAAGUUGAGAAACAUCUUGUGAUUAGUAUUGGCACAGAGGCUUAUCUGGCAUUGGCCAAAGGAGGUCUUGUUGCUGAUCACCUGUUGAUUCUUCCAAUUGGCCAUCAUCAGUCUCUUGCAAGCUUGCCGGAAUCUGUGGCAAAGGAAAUUAAGAAGUUUAAAUCAGCAAUAAAGAAAUAUUUCAAUAAAAGACAGAAAGCUCCUGUCUUCUUUGAAAGAAAUUACAAGACUUCACAUCUGCAAGUUCAAGUUGUGCCAGUAAAUUUGCGUGUGGUUAAUAUGCUUAAGGACAUAUUUCAGGAUUAUGCCGAAGGUGAAGGAAUACAACUGGAUGAACUUCCAGAACAUGCAAAAUUAGAUCAGAUAGCACCUCCAGGGACUCCAUACUUUUAUGCUGAAUUGCCUUCUGGUGAAAAACUUUUCCACAGAAUCAAGAAAAACUUCCCAUUGCAAUUUGGAAGAGAUGUUCUGGCCAGUGAGUCAGUACUGAAUAUGGUGGAUCGAGCAGAUUGGAGAGACUGUAAAGUUUCUAAGGAAGAAGAAACCGAAUUGACGAAAACUUUUAGGGCCUCUUUUCAGCCAUUUGAUUUUACUGUUUAAACAUAAUUUUAUAAUGAACAUUUCAAGAAAAUUUUUAUUGUUUGAAUAAAUAAUUAAGUUUAUAAGAACUGAAA